AUGGUGGAGGACGAAAGAGUGAGCCUAAUUGUUGUUGCAUUGGCGGCAGUGAUGGUUCAACUAAGUCGAGCUUGUCUUCCAUGUGUGCGUUUCAAAAACGGUAAUGAAAGUUUGGAGGACGAAGAACAUGGAAGUCGGCCUCAAGUCGUCGAUGACCAAGUGUUGAAGUCCGUCAUUGAACUGGAUCCACGCCAAACCACUCGAGAACUGGCAACACAUUUUGGCUGCUCAAAAUCUACCAUCCAUGAACAUUUGCUGGCAAUUGGGAAGACGAACAGGUGCGGAAAAUGGGUGCCGCACCAGCUGAGCGACGCAAACAAGGCAGCACGAGUGGCAAUGGCCGGAAUUCUUCUUCGUCGCUUCAAGAACAGCGGUUUCUUCGACUCUGUUGUUACAUCAGAUGAGAAAUGA